AUGAAUAUCUAUGAAACGAACCAAUUUUCUGACGAUUCUUAUCACUUAACUCCCGUCGUCUUCAAACAACCUGAUAACUUCAAACAACCUGAUGAUGAAGUGCAAAGUCUAUUAACAAGUGACGGUUGGUUUUUCCGGCCGCCUGAGCAUGGGCACGUGAUAACAAAUAGCGAAAUGAUGUUCGCAGUCAAUGUGUUUCUUUUAGGAUACAAUGUUCUUAAAAAUGCUAAAGCCGCUGUCUCAACUGCUACUUAUAAGAUUGUGUUAUUUGAAGCAUGUACUGAUCGGUUUAUUAUAGAACAAUUUGAUUUUUGCGCUGCUUCCAGAUUAAUAUGGGGAUUAAUUGGAGGAGCGAUUGUCUACUUUACGUUUACAUCCCUUAUAGCAGUUGCAUUGUUCUUUGAACUUCGAAGAAAAGGUUAUCAUGCCUCAUUCACGGCAUUAUGGCAUUCGCCAAUGUUUUUAAUAUGUUAUUUUUACCCUCCAGAGAAACGAGUUGACAUUUUAAGCAUACCAAACAAAUUUGUCGGGCUAAGUUUAUGGACGAGAUCACAGAUACAUCGAAUUUCUUUGGCAUUAUAUUGCUUAAUAUGUACUAUUUUGAUAUUUAAUUCUUUAUUUCAUGGCACCGCGGAAAAUUCUAAGAUUGAGGGUGAAGGGCUAGAUGAGGGAUAUAAAAAAU